UUCAAUAGGGCGCCUACAGCUUCCCAUUCCAUAGCAGCCCAGCAACUGGGCAGCUCCAGCGAACUUGUCAUUUUAGGAAACUCCACUCUCCACCCCAUUCACCUUCCUCCGUCGCUCCAUAAUUUUCUAGCGGCAGCCUCAAGCUCUCAUUUCUCCCGCACUUUCUCAAGAUCUUGGUUUCGCGGCGCCUCAUCGUUCCCCAUUACUGCUUUCAUCACUGGUUCUUUUGGAGGCUUGCAUCUUCGUCAGAGAAUGGCCAAUAAUCCUCAAUAUUCAGGUUUACAGCCUCUCCGGCCUCCUAUUGUUAGUCCUAUGGAGCAAGCUAGAGCCUUUGUUCCACCAAUGUCUACUCAGCAGUUUCGACCUGCAGUCCCAGCACCUCAUUCGCAGCAGUUUGUUCCCUUGCCUUCUCAGCAUUUUCAGCCUCUUGGCCAAGUUGUUCCAAUGAUGAAUGUUGGCAUGCCCCCUCCUCCUCAAGCUCAACAAUCCCAAUUUUCUCAGCCAUUGGCUCACUUGCCUCCUCCUCCAAGACCUUGUGAGCCAGGUCAUGGGACAUUACCCCCACAAUCAAUUCCACUGCCAGUUGCUCAGCCAAAUAGGCAAUUUACACCUGAAUUGCAACAAGCGCAGCCUCUCAUUCAACCUGCUGCUAUUGGCAUGCCUGGUCCUGGUGGCUCUGGAACACCUUUAUCUUCAUCAUACAGUUAUGGACCACCUCAAAAUUACAAUACCACUAUGAUUCAUCCUUUACCCCAAUCACAUGCACCAAUUGUAUCUUCUGGAGGACAGCUUACCUUACCAGAAGGAAUGGGCAGUUCUGUUUCAGUCACACCUCUGAAUCACACAAGAGAACAACCUUAUGCUACCUCUUCUGUACCUUCAGCAGCCAAUGUUCAGCCUAUGCCUGCUGGAGCAGCCUCAUCAGAAUGGAUAGAACAUACAUCUGCUGAUGGUAGAAGAUACUAUUACAACAAGAAGGCGAAAAUAUCUAGCUGGGAGAAGCCUUUUGAAUUGAUGACUCCAAUAGAGAGGGCAGAUGCAUCAACCAACUGGAAGGAGUUCACAAGUCCUGAAGGAAGGAAAUAUUAUUACAACAAGGUCUCCAAGGAAUCUAAGUGGAUAAUUCCUGUGGAACUGAAGUUGGCUCGAGAGAGAGUAGAGAAGCCAUCCACUCUUGGAACAGAGAAGGAACCUAUUCCUCYGGAACUCCCAUCUGCUUCUUUCCUGGAAGCGUCAUCUAUUGCCGAUACAACAUCUACUGCCAAAGGACUAACAUCUAGUACAUUGUCAGUAGCAGCUGUUGAUGUACAAUCUGAGAAGGAUGCCUCAUCCGUUGUUAUUUCAAGUACAGAAACAAAUGGUGGGGUUCAAUCACCCGUCAAUAUAGUUCCUACUGGUUGUGCUAUUUCAGAGAAUGAAGGUACUGCUGUUGUGGAGGAUACUGCGGUAGAACCCAGGAAUAAUUUGAACCAGUCUUCUGCUCAGGAUACUGAUAGUUUGACAGAUGGUGUUCCUGCACAAGAACUUGAGGAAACUAAGAAAGAUAUAUUGGAGGAGAAAGCUGAAUUUACAUUGGAAGAGAGGGCUAUUGAUCAGGAUACUUCGGCUUAUCCAAAUAAGCAGGAAGCUAAAAAUGCAUUUAAAGCCCUCUUGGAGUCUGCUAAUGUUGGUUCUGACUGGACUUGGGAUCGGGCCAUGAGAAUUAUAAUUAAUGACAAGAGGUAUGGUGCUCUAAAAACACUUGGAGAACGGAAGCAGGUGUUCAACGAGUUCCUUGGUCAAAGGAAAAAACAGGAAGUGGAGGAGAGGCGGAUUAAACAGAAAAAAUCACGGGAAGAAUUCAGAAAGAUGUUGGAAGAGUCAACUGAGCUUUCCUCAUCCAUGAGAUGGAGCAGCAAAGCUGAGUCAAUAUUUGAAGACGAUGAACGCUUCCAAGCAGUUGAAAGAGAUAGGGACCGGCGUGAUCUUUUCGAGAGCUUCUUGGAGGAACUAAAAAAUAAGGAGCGUGCAAAAGCACAGGAGGAGCGUAAUCGAAAUAUUCUGGAAUACAGAAAAUUUUUGGAAUCUUGUGACUUUAUUAAGGCUAGUAGCCAGUGGCGAAAAGUACAAGACCGCUUGGAGGUUGAUGAAAGAUGUUCACGCCUUGAAAAAAUUGAUCGCUUGGAAAUUUUCCAGGAAUACCUACGUGAUUUAGAGAAGGAAGAGGAGGAACAGAGAAAAAUACAGAAGGAAGAACUGAGAAAAGCUGAACGCAAGAACCGUGAUGAGUUCCGCAAGAUGAUGGAAGAACACAUUGCUGUAGGGAUUCUUACACCUAAAAUUCAUUGGCGUGACUACUGCAUGAAGGUUAAAGAGUUACCUGCAUAUUUGGCGGUUGCUGCAAAUACAUCUGGUUCAACUCCAAAAGAUUUGUUUGAAGAUGUUGCUGAGGAGCUACAAAAACAAUAUCGUGAUGACAAAACUAGAAUAAAAGAUGCUGUGAAGUUGAGAAAGAUUGCAAUUUCAUUGACAUGGACACUUGACGACUUUAAAGCUGCUAUUUCGAAAGAUAUCAGCAAUUCUCCAAUAUCAGAUGCCAACUUAAAGCUAGUUUUUGAUGAUUUGAUGGAACGGGCUAGGGAGAAGGAGGAGAAGGAAGCUAAGAAGCGUAAACGUCUUGGAGAUGAAUUUUUUAAUCUUUUAUGUUCGCUUAAGGAAAUAUCUAUACAUUCAACUUGGGAAGACUGCAAACCCCUUUUUGACGGGAGCCAAGAAUACAGUUCCAUCGAGGACGAGAGUCUCUGUAAGGAAAUAUUUGAGGAGUACAUAGCACAACUGAAAGAACAUGCGAAAGAAAAUGACAAUAAGCGGAAGGAAGAAAAGGCAAGAAAGGAAAAAGAUAGAGAAGAAAGAGAGAGAAGGAAGGAGAAACACAGAAAAGGUGAAAGGGAAAAGGAGGAGCACUUCAAGAAGGAUGGAGUAGACACUGAAAAUGCUGAUGCUUCUGAUAUCCAUGAAUCAAAAGAGAACAAGAGAGAGAAAGAACGUAGUAAGAAACAGAGGAAGAGACGGUACAGUGAUGAGGAGUAUUCGGAUGACGAUGAAGCUGAUCACGAUCGGUCUAAGAAAUCCCAAUCGCAUAAAGACCGAAAGAAAUCUAGGCGGCACGCAUCUGCUCAGGAGUCAGAUGGUGAAAGCAGACAUAGACGACACAAGAGAGAUCAUCGAAAUGGUUCGUACAAGAAUUUUGAUCAUGAGGAGCUUGAAGAUGGAGAGUGUGGCGACGACGGGGCAAGUAGGUAGUUUUUUUCUCCUAUACUGACUGUUUAGYGGGAUUCUUGUUAACCUAAAAUUAAAAUAUUUGAUGAUGUUCAAAUCAUUUAUUCGCUUUGUGCAUAUACAGAUUAAUUUAUUGUUAAUAAGCUGUCUCUGUUGGUCAUAGACUUUUAUUCCUGAGUUCUCUUUUUAAAGAUAGUAGACACUUUGUAUUGAACUCAAAAGUUGGGACUAGAACAGGAUGUUAGAAUUACGAUGAACAAAAGAGGACAAUUGCUUCCCUCCUUCCUUCUCGGCUCUAUCCGCGGGAUGUCCCCCCAGAAUUUGCAUUGUUCAGUACCACUACCCUCUCAACCUUGGAUUUAUUUUCUUCCUCCAUGUAACUUGUAGGUUCUACAAACUCCUUAGAAUCUCACUUGUCCAGUAAAAAAGCUGGAGGUGGAAGUCAAACAAAAAAUUUUCAUGACAGAAGAAAAAAUAAGGCAAAUUAGUGGCUGUGCAUUUUAAGUUAGGUAGGAGCAGUUGAAUUAAGUUUGAUAUUUUAGAAAUAUCAGCCACAAAAUCUUGUGUGGUAUAUACAGUGUAGAAAUCCAACUGUAUUUGCAACUAUGAGAAAUGAAAAGAGGAGCCCGUGAAGAGUAAGGAAAGGGCUGAGUUUUGCAUAUUGAUAAGAGGCAAAUAUCAGAAGAGAGUUGACCACAUAUUCUCCUUUCA